UACAAAGAGUGGGAAGAAAGCUGGACUACGUUGGGCUGACGCCGCGAGCGCGGCGACGCGGUGACGUCACGGCGGGAGUGCGUGCGGGGGCGGAGUCUCACUUUGAACCUGGGUGGCGGGAGUUGCGGCUUGGAAAGGGGCGGUGGCAGCUGCUGCGGGUUCUCUUCUGACCCCACCUGGGAUGGAGUCCACCGCAGGGAGCGAAGAGAGCAGAGGAGGCGCGGCGACAGGGGAAUGCCUGAAUCGGGUGCCAAGACCGCCCUCCAUUGAGGAAUUCACCAUUGUGAAGCCCAUUAGUCGUGGCGCCUUCGGGAAAGUGUACCUGGGGCAGAAAGGCGGCAAGUUGUAUGCGGUGAAGGUUGUCAAAAAGGCAGAUAUGAUCAACAAAAAUAUGACUCAUCACGUACAAGCUGAGAGAGAUGCACUGGCGCUAAGCAAAAGUCCUUUUAUCGUCCAUUUGUACUACUCACUGCAGUCGGCAAACAAUGUAUACUUGGUAAUGGAAUAUCUUAUUGGUGGAGAUGCCAAAUCUCUCCUACAUAUGUAUGGUUAUUUUGAUGAAGAAAUGGCUGUGAAAUAUAUUUCUGAAGUAGCAUUGGCUCUAGAUUACCUUCAUAGACAUGGGAUCAUCCACAGAGAUUUGAAACCAGACAAUAUGCUUAUUUCUAAUGAGGGUCAUAUUAAACUGACAGAUUUUGGCCUUUCCAAAGUUACUUUGAAUAGAGAUAUCAAUAUGAUGGAUAUCCUUACAACACCAUCAAUGGCUAAACCUAGACAAGACUAUUCAAGAACUCCAGGCCAAGUAUUAUCUCUCAUCAGCUCUUUGGGAUUUUACACCCCAGUUGCAGAAAAAAUUCAAGACUGUACAGAUAGUCUUUCAACCCAUGUAUCUGAAACAUCACAGUCUUCUCAAGGACUAAUUUGUCCUAUGUCUGUAGAUCAAAAGGAUACUGCUCCUUAUUCUAGCAAACUACUAAAAUCAUGUCUUGAAACAGUUGCCUCUAACCCAGGAAUGCCUGUGAAAUGUCUAACUUCUAAUCUACUCCAGUCUAGGAAAAGGCUGGCUACAUCUAGUGCCAGUAGUCAGUCCCAUACUUUUCUAUCCAGUAUGGAAUCAGAAUACCAUAGCAGCCCCAGAUGGGAAAAGGAUUGCCAGGAAAAUGAUGACGCAUUGGGCUCUACGAUGAUGAGUUCAAAUACAACUGAAAAACCUUUAUGUACAAAAUCUACAAAUGCCAUCCAGACCAGAAAUUUCAAUAAAAAGGAUCUUGAGUUAGCUCUUUCUCCCAUUCACUCCAGCAGUGGCAUUCCUGACACUGGAAGCUCUUGGGUAAGCAUUGCUACAAAAUGCUUCUCUGGGAAAGUUUCUUGGGAAGCGAGAGAACUGGAUGUAAAUACUAUUAAUAUGCCCACUGACAUAAAACCGUCUGGUUUUCAUCAGUCAAAUCAGUGGAGUGUGGAUUCUGGUAAUAUGACUGAAGAGCACCUUGGAAAGAAAGGUCUAAAGAGAAGCUUUGAGUUGGUUGAAUCUAGUCCUUGUGAAGAAAUUAUACAGAAUAAAAAAAAUUGUGUAGAGUAUGAUUGUACUAAUGAAGUGAUGGAUUGUUAUGCAAGUCAAAGUACAGGCUUAACAACUGAAGUCCAGGACCUUAAGAUAUCGGUAUACAGAAGUCAGCAAAAUGACUGUAAUAAUAAGGAGAACAUUGUCAAUUCUUUUAUUGAUAAACAGCAAACACCAGAAAAAUCACCUGUCCCAAUGAUAGCAAAAAACCUUCUGUGUGAACUGGAUGAAGAUUGUGAAAAGAGCAGUAAGCAGGGCUACUUAAGUUCUAGUUUUCUGUGUUCUGAUGAUGAUAGAGCUCCUAAGAGUACGUAUGUAGAUUCUGAUUCAUCUUUUCCUGGAGUUUCUAUAAUGGAAAGUUCAUUAGAAAAGCAAUCUUUAGAUCCAGAGAAAAGCAUCAAAGAAUUCUCUUUUGAAGAAUCAAAUAUUGCAGACCUACUGACUAUAUCACCAAACCAUCAAGAAAGUGCCUUGCCAAAAGGUGAUGAGAAUCCUGCUGUCCAAGACAGUGAAAAAAUGUUAGCUCCUUCUUCAGAGGUGUUGAAAACAUUAACCAUCUCUAAGAGAAAUGCUGUAGCUUUUCGAAGUUUUAACAGCCACAUUAAUGCAUCCAGUAACUCAGAACCAUGCAAAAUGAGCAUUACUCCUUUAGAAGCAAUGGAUAUUUCAUGUGCUUAUAGUGGUUCAUAUCCCAUGGCUGUAACCCCUACUCAAAAAAGAAGAUCCUGUAUGCCAUAUCAGACCCCAAAUCAGAACAAGUCAGGAACUCCAUACCGAACUCCAAAGAGUGUGAGAAGAGGGGCAGCCCCAGUGGAUGAUGGGCGAAUUCUAGGAACCCCGGACUACCUCGCACCUGAGUUGUUAUUAGGCAAGGCCCACGGUCCUGCAGUAGACUGGUGGGCACUUGGAGUUUGCUUGUUUGAGUUUCUGACAGGAAUUCCCCCCUUCAAUGAUGAAACACCGCAACAAGUUUUCCAGAAUAUUCUGAAAAGAGAUAUCCCUUGGCCAGAAGGUGAAGAAAAGCUAUCUGAUAAUGCUCAAAGUGCAGUAGAUAUACUUUUAACCAUUGAUGAUACAAAGAGGGCUGGAAUUAAAGAGCUGAAACAUCAUCCUCUCUUCAGCGAUAUAGACUGGGAAAAUCUGCAGCAUCAAACCAUGCCUUUCAUACCCCAACCAGUUGAUGAAACAGAUACAUCCUAUUUUGAAGCCAGAAAUAAUGCUCAGCACCUGACUGUAUCUGGAUUUAGUCUAUAGCACAUACAUUUUCCUUUUAGUCUAACCUCAUGUUAUAGAAUAAGCCUGCAAAGUUAUAUACCCCUCAAUGCUAGAUUGACCUAGGGAAAAUAAAUUACCUGUUAGAGCUACCACAAACUUAAGAGGCUAUAAAGAAUGUAACCAGUAAUUUAAUAGAACUGUAUAUAGAUCUUCAAAGCUUUUUUCAUCUUAUUUUGUUUGUUGCACUUUAUGAAAAUGAAUGCAUCAGUAAAACUAGAAUGACACUAUUGCUUUAGAGAGAGCGAGCAUGUGUGCACUUGAUUUUCUUUCUCCUUGUCCGUUGACUUCUGUCCAUUUCUAGAUUUGUCCUGUGUUAAAAUAACAAACAUUGUACAGUUUCUCUUGAAUGUGAUUUAUUUGCACAUGAUUGUCUGCAAAAGCUAUGCUCUCAAGGGCAAUCAUUUAAGGCUGCAUUUGUGGUAAAACAUUUAAGUUCUCAAAAAUGUUGCCAGAAAAUUCCUUCCCUCACUUGUAUAAAUUCUCUGGGGAAUGAGGAAUAAACAAAAGGUCUAAAUGUGUUUUAAAUUACUAUGAAUAUGGUUGAAUGUGAAAUUUUGCCACCAUGACUGUUUCUGGCCUUGCUCUACAAUAUGUAUUUGUUUAAAAUGUUCCUGGAAAGCUUAAUUAUAGCAAUCUUAAUAGCUUGUUCAAUGUUAGUAGAAAAUGUGAUGUUUUUAAGAUAUGUGACAUUAUCAGAGACAGCCUAAUAUUUAAAAAACAAAAAAUAUUUUACUGUGCUUAAUAAAUAUAAUUGUAACAUAUUUCAAGUAGAUUAUCUGUUAACAUCAUUCAGAGAAUUCUGAGCUACUGAUUGUUCACCUGUAUAAUGGGAAUUAAUAAAGGUAACUUUGGAAAGUUGGAAUAAGUAUAGCCAGAUUAAGGAACAAGCAGAGUAGCUUCCCAGAACACCAAUCGUACCAGGAACUUUAAACAUUACUGAUUUGAUGGAGGAAAUGUACAAGACUUCCCAAUGCAGGAGACAGUGCUUUUGUGUGGAAAAAUCAAAAACAGUUUGCUAUUAUAUAUCCAGCAUGUGAAGCUACAGUCCCCUGAAAUUCUGCAACCAGGUAAGGCAUACUGUAAUGUUUACUGGAAACAAGUGCUUUAUUAUCCAGAUUUAAAUCACUUAAUAAAUACACUUCUCAGGAUGAUGUGGGUUCAGACAUUAAGGAAAACCUAAAGGGGACAAGAAUAAUGGGAAAAUGGGAAGGGUUUUGACAGUUUGUGUGUAUGUGUGUGCAUACAUGUCUUUAAAGAACAUUGACUGCCUCUGCCAGUAAAAAUUAAAGUGCAACUGUUGCUAUAUAUAAUUUUUAUUAAUAGAAAAUAAUUUUCUCCCCACUCCUACUAAAUGUUAAACAAAUACAGAAAAUAUGUUUGAAGAGGUGCCUACGUGCCUUGGUCUACCUGUUGGAAUUAAAUAAGAUGAAGUGCAUAGCAAACAUAAAAAGGUGUUUUAAUAAAUGAUAAUUGAACCCUAAGUGUCCUGCAACUUCUUGGAACAUGUGUCUUAAAUUUUGGGUUUGGGAAAUGGUCACUAUAGAAGACUUUGCCAUUAUGCUCCAAAACAUCUUGAAAAGCGUUCAGGUACAAUUGCUCUACUUACCAGAAAAAAACAUUUUUAGCCAAUCACAAACAUGCUCAGAAUCCAAAAGAGAGUGCAAACAUUUACUGUUGCCAUAGUUUUCCUUUCAAUUAAUACCAAGUCAGCAAUUGUUCAGGCACGGACCAGUAAUGUGAAAUUUGUCUCCAAAAAUGGAGGGUGCUGAAAGACCAAAGAAACAGGUGGGCAACUCCAGUGUGGUAGCAAAGGAGUAUAUUAGGGAGACUUAAACAUACAAGGCCAAGUCCUGGGCAGCAGCAGAAUCAGAGCAGAUCUCCACA